CAGGUGGGACCCUAAGCGAAGAUGAGUCUUGAAACUGAGCUGGAAGACAAACAGACAGCAAAGAAUCACUUUAGUCAAUUGAAACACCAAGCCCAGUGCUAGUUUCAGUUGAACAUUCUCACAGCAGGGCUUGCGAGAUCAAGUCCUAAACCCUCACAUUGUACAUCUUCUUGGGCUGUUGAAUGCGCCUGUGUUCUUAGGGCCGUUUCCUCAUCGGUCUCUUUAUAGGACUGCAAUGGUCACCUCUGAGGCCUGUUUAUGUGACCAGCUUUCCACCCCUUGCUCUCUCUCCAGGGUCUGGAAUGAUGCUGUUGCCGAAUCCUCAGUCGUUUCUCCCCCUUUGCGAUGGAGUGGGAUUGAGUCAGGGCCCAAUUGCCUUUGAGGACGUUGCUGUGGAUUUCUCCCUGGAGGAGUGGGUUCUCCUGAAUCCGGACCAGAAAGCCUUGCACAAGCAGAUCAUGGAGGAGAUGAAUGGGAUUGUGGACUCUCUCGGUCCAAAGGGGACGGUGCGCAAAGAUACUCUGCACAAAAUAAAAUCCAACCCUACCGAUUAAAAUCCAACAAUGCAGCAAAGCUGAAGGCAUAACAGGCUGUGAACUGUGAACCUUUAUUUUUGGCGUCUUUCGCUGAAUUAAAUUAUUCUCAAUGUCUUGUAGAGAUAUGUGGUCAGCCUUAUAUAAAUUAAUGUAAUAAUGUUUUAAAGCCUGUUGAAUAUUGAUAUCAUCUAUUAAUAUUUUAUCCUCAUGUUGUAUCUUAACAGUAAGUCCCCUUCAGGGUAGAGAAAGGCGGGGUAGAAAUGUCAUAAAUAAAUAAAUACAUAAAUAAAGAAUUGACAAUUA